AUGUCUGAAAACAGUCCUGAGCAGCGAAAAUCGUUAGUCGAGACGUUCAAAGAACGUUUGCCAAAUCCGGCGGAGAUUCUCAUCGAUCAGAUCAUUCAUUUGUUUAUUCAAUGGUACAAUCGACGACAAUUAAUCUCCUCCAGUUUUCUCAUGAUCUCAAUUCCAAUUUAUAUGAUCACGAUCGGGAGUCUCUUUCUUCAUUCAUGUUCAAAAUCGGUGUAUUUGCCAUUACACAUGAUCGUUUGUGGCAUCACAUCAUUAAUUGCAGCUGUUUUGCUAAUUGGUAUCGUCAUCGUAUGGGAAUGUGCGAUAAAACUAACAUCGAAAUUAACGUAUCACUUAAGCGAAGGAACACCAAUGAUCUUGUUGCCGUUAGUUGUGAUAGUAUUUCAUAGACAAAAAAGGCAUUCGCAAAAAAUUAGUCGUUGUUGGCAAUGGAAAUAUUAUGUUCCAACAUUAUUCGAAGGAAAUACUCAUAUUAUUGAUGUUGAUAAUAAACGCAUUGAACUAUUAUUAAUCGAUACAGCUGGCCAAGAAGAAUACGCCAGACUCCGGGUACUUGGAUAUCCCAAUACUCAAGUUGUUCUCAUCUGUUUUGCAUUCGAUUUACCUGAUAGUUUAACAUGUGUGUUGGACAAAUGGGCGCCGGAAGUGAAACAUUAUUGUCAUAAUGUUCCGAUACUUCUCAUUGCCAAUAAACGUGAUCUACGCGAUGAUCCAGCUGUGCACGAACGAAUUAAAUCUCAAAAUCAAAAAGUGAUCACCACCGAAGAUGCUCUCCUCUGUGCUAAACGUAUUGGCGCACGUAAUUAUCUCGAAUGUUCAGCCAAGACGCGUGAAGGUGUACGCGAAGUGUUUGAAUACGCUGCUAAAGUUGCACUAGAUAGACAUUCACAUGACAAAUGUUUUUGUAAUUGUAUUUUAUUAUAA